GCUGUGACAUGCGCACUAAUGCCGUAUUAUUUCCGACCACUUUCGUUGUAUAUAUUACACCUCACAAGUUACCCGGCCAUAUUGUUACAGCUAUGGCUACUGCAGUAAGAGUUGGGUUGGUACUUCUACUUGCACUGAUACUGUCGAGUUCGGCAAAGUCAGCAGACAAUGAAAAUGGAAUGACCUUUGACACUGUUGAUCUGACGUACAGAGUGAACGACCUGGAGCUAAAACAAUCAGCUUUCCCGAUUUUUCAGCCCGGUAGUUUCUCAAAACAAGAAUUGACAGACCAUGCCAAAAGGACACUUAGCAAAAAACCGAGCAGCAAACGGAAAAACAUGUUUUAAGAUGCUCCUGUUCCGGUAAGAUCACGUGAUCUAUUCUGCUGCCCACGCCCACAUUUACUCUGCUGCCUCACAAGGACUAUAUGAUGUCGUUUAUCCUCACAAGGACUGUAUGAUGUCGUUUAUCCCCACAAGGACUAUACGA